AACAGAGCGUCUCCAUCAAAACAAGGAAUGUUGCUUCUGAGUGAUGCUGGGGGUAGGGGGGGUUGUGUUGGGUGAAGCUGCUGUCCUUUGUUUAGUAUGAGAGAGCGUCUUCUCUUCAGUAUAAUCAAAUAUUUAAUGUUCCAGACAGCACGAUGUCCCUAGUGCUACUACAAUGAAGAAAAAGGUCCAGGUGUUAACCUAGAGGGUGAGUAUGGCAGACAUGGCUUCAUUUUUCUGGCCACGGAGAGGUGACUGGAAGGCAUCUGAAGGAGCCUUGUUUCCAACACUGAUGUCUCUCACAACCAGAGACAUCGUGCAGAUCUGGGAUCAGGUGUCUCUUGACGUUCAGCGACAGUUGGCACUGAGCAAGAACAUUGAAAUAGUUGGACUGGGGAUUUUCGCUGUUCAUAGACAAGAGCUACGCAUAGGAAAGAAUGACUGCGUGCUCAUUCACAGACCUGUAUUUCGAAUCUCCAACGUCAUCAGAAGCGUUUUUGAUCUUAGCUACGCUAAAAGAAUCAUUCCUGGUUCUACGCUAGCUGUCCCAUUGAACUAUGCCACAAUUGCCUGGGAGACAUCUCAUUCCCUGGAUGUUGUGGAGAACUGCAUAAAAGAGACCGUGAUGUAUCUCUCUCGCUGUAUCUCAAACGGACUGAAUAUCGACUUUGUUCUCAGGGACGUGGGUGUCCUUCUUAUUAGGCAAAAGAAAGUCAAAAUGAGGUUUUAUGAACAUUUUCUUCUCAGCCUGGACACAACAGGGAACUUGAAGGAAAUGAUUAUCAAUAGGAAGAAAGGGACAAUGAACUGGGUCAUUUUCCAGGGAGAAACUGAAGUUUCUGAUGUCUGUGCUGAACCUGAUAUCCUGUUCCCCAGCCUGCAGUUUAAGACCGAACAUGGAAAAUUACUCCUUAAAUCCCUCCGUGAAAAACCUACCAAAACCUUGCAGGAGAAGAAGACAAAAGAUGUCUCUAAGGAAAAGAUUAACGGAAAAGGGAUUCUUUCAGCUCUUCCUCAUAGUGGUCCUGUGAAAGUCAGGGCUGUCGACUUGAAGGAACAGCCAAGGGAGAAAAUCAAGAGAAGAGAAUCCCCUGUUAGAUGUCCAUUUGUGGAGGAGCAGCAAUGAAGGCAGCUAAAAAGGCCGAGGCUGAACUGCUGGAAUGGAUCAUAGCAAUCAUUCUGCUUGACCCAUCAAAUCCUCCUGUAGGAUGUGGCAGAUUUUGUUAUGCAGAUGGCAGAUACCACAUACAGCUGACAACAUCACAGGUGGUAGUGGAAGAAGAUGGAGGAGACAAAUGGAGACUGGAGUAAAAGUUGUUGUGACACAGCA